UCUAUCUUGUAAAGUGCAAUUGACGUCGCUUGAAUGGUCGCCUGAUAGCCCAGAGAAGAUACAGAGUCAUAGCCGCAGUGGACUUCCUGGAAAUGCAAGUUCGAUGACAUGACUGCUAUAACAUUGCCACUAUGGCUGUCAGAAGAAUCUCCGCAGGAGUGCUUUUUGCGCUCCUAUGCGCCUUACUAUUGAUUUUAUCUCAUUCUCGAACGUCUGUCGAGGCUAGAAAUACCAUCCGCGAGCUCCAUGAAUCCCCGACCGAUUUCGUCCCCGACGAACAGCAGAAACAGAAUUACUGGACGAACGGUGGGAACGAUGUCGUGCACGAAGUAUGGUCCGUCCUUCGAGACUUCGAGCCGACAUGGAAAGACAAUGUGACACCGGCACAGCCCACGAGCGUGGCCGAGGCGGUAUGGCACUACACAAGACUCAUUCUCAGGACCCUCUUCAUGAACGCACCCACCCGCCAUGACAGCAACGAUUCACCACAAGUCAAAGGCGACCUUCGCAAAGCUGUCGAGACACUCAAGACUGCGGCGCUCUUUGACGAUCCCGACGCCAUCUUCCUCCUCGCUGAGAUGAACUUCUACGGCAACUUCUCGUACCCUCGCAACCUCUCCGAGUCAAUGACCUGGUACAACCGCCUUGCCUCGCUCGACGGCAACAAUACAGCACAAUACAUGUUGGGUCUCAUGUACGGCACCGGCAUUGGCGGCGUAGACCGUGACCAAGCCAAAGCCCUGCUCUAUCAUACCUUCGCCGCUGAGCAGGGGAAUAUCCAGUCCGAAAUGACCCUCGCGUACCGCUACCAUGCGGGCAUCGGCUGUCCACGUGAGUGCAACACGGCCGUUGAAUACUACAAGCGCGUCGCGGACAAGGCGAUGACACACUGGCACUCGGGUCCGCCGGGCGGCCACACCUUCACUCGCAACGCAUACCGCUGGGUCGAAGCGGACGGCGGGAUCUACGGCGAGGGUGCGAGUGUCUCUUCCUCAGGACCCAAUGCGCCGCGUGACGGGGUGAUAACGACACAUAUCGACUACGUGCUCGACUACCUCGACACGAAAGAGCGGCAGGGCGAUUUCAACGCCAUGCUCGCCAUCGGCAAACAUUACUACGAAGCGCCGCGUGGGUAUAAGCGCAACUUCCGUAAGGCACAGCGGCAGUUCAUGAAAGUGGCACGCGCGUACUGGGGGAAGGACGGCAAAGUCAACCCGAAAGCGCCCAAGGGCAUCGAACGCGUCGCGGCCAAGGCGGCGGCGUACAUAGGUCGUAUGUUCCUGCGAGGCGAGGGGAUGGAGCAGAAUUUCGAAAAGGCAGCGAUGUGGUUUAAGCGCGGGAUCUCGAACGGGGACAGCUUUGCGCAGUACCAUAUGGGUUUGAUGUACAGGGACGGUCUGGGCGUGCCGAGGGAUGGGAUCAGGGCAGGGACGUACCUGAAAGCCGCUGCGGAGCAGAGCCUGCCGAUCGCGCAGAGCGCCUUGGGCGUUCUGUUUCUCGAUCAAGGCGACAUCGAUACGGCGGGGCGGUAUUUCGAGCUUGCCGCCAGCGCGGGCGUCAUUGAGGCAUUCUAUUAUCUUGCUGAAUUGACGAAUCAGGGAGUGGGAAGGGAGCGGAACUGUGGGCUUGCGAGUGUAUAUUACAAGCUCGUUGCAGAGAGGGCAGAAGUACUGCAUUCGAGUUUUGGCGAGGCGAAUGCCGCGUUCGACAGGGGCGAUUGGGAGAGGGCGUUGGUUGCGAGUAUCAAGGCCGCGGAGGCCGGGUAUGAAAGCGCCCAGGCCAACGUGGCGUACUUGCUUGAUCGGAAGACCAGCGUGAUUGAGGUUCCUGGGUUGUCGGUGUUCGGGUCCGGUAAACCUGGAUCAAGGGCGAAGGGGCAGGGGGGUUUGUUGGACAACGAGCUCCUCGCUCUCGCGUAUUUCACGAGGAGCGCGAAGCAGGCGAAUGUCGAUUCGCUGAUCAAGAUGGGGGAUUACUACUUGUCGCUUUCCUCGACGUCGUCGUCGGCGGGAAGAGCGAGUAUAGGUAUGAAGAGGAUGCUGGCUGCGCAGAUGUCUAAAGAAGAAGAGACGAGGGAGGAAAGAAUCAAGAGCAACCUCGAGAAAGCAACGACUUGCUACACCACGGCGGCAGAGUCCCACCACAGUGCGCAAGCCCUAUGGAAUCUCGGCUGGAUGCACGAGAACGGCAUCGGCAGCGUGGCGCAGGAUUUCCAUAUGGCCAAGCGGUACUACGAUCUUGCGCUGGAAAUGAACAAGGAGGCCUACCUGCCCGUCACGCUGGCCUUGGCCAAGUUGAGACUGCGCAGCUGGUGGAAUGGUGUGAGUGGGGGCAAGGUCAACUCGAUCCGUGAUGAAGAGGAGGAGGCCGACAGAAAGAGGCCCAAGACUUGGACGGAAUGGAUCAAUCGGUUUCUCGAUGCCGCCGAGGAGAUGGACGCCCAGGAGGCGGCGGCCGCCAUGAGAGAACGGGAUGGCGGUGAGGACGAGAUGCUCGGGUAUGCGGAGCCUGGGAUGCCCGGUGGCGACGGGGAUUAUGCGGGCAGUGCGGGCAGGGAAGGACAGAGACAGCAGGGUGAAGAUGUGUACGGCGCGGACGAGUGGGACGAUAUCGAUGACGGGCUUGUGGAGAGUUUGAUUAUCAUUGCGCUGGCCGGUGCUUUGGCGUUGCUGGUGUAUGCGCGCCAAGCGAGGCAGCGCGGGCUGGAGCAGGAGAGAAGAGAGCAGCAAGAGCGGGCUCAGGGCCAAGGAGCGCAGCUGCAAGGCGGACUGCAAGGUCAAGGUCAAGGUCAAGAUCAAGCGCCAGUACAGGAUCGAGGGUUGUUUCCCCGGCCUGGAGACCCGGAGUUGAAUAAUUGGGUUGCUGGUGGGAUUGGGCAUUGAAAGAUAGAGAUCGAGGUUUCAAAAAUGAAUCAUUAUAGCUCGAUGAAACGGACUCGGAAGAUUCGAGACGGG